AUGACUUUGGAUUUCCGGCAAUUUUCUCGAAAAAAUUAUGUUCACGUUUUUGAGGACGUCAUGGGUGUUUGCAACAAAGGAUACACGCUUAUUCUAGGAUCUGUAAUUGUUGGAUUACCAGGAGAAAAUGGUAGCAGAAAUCGACUCUACCCAAAUUUCGUUGUAGAAGAAAAAUUAUUCAUCGGAGAUGGCAUGAAAUAUUUUUUAAUUGACAAGGAGGAUAAGAAGAGAUUAAAGGAGAUGAGGGAUAACUGCCAAACAAUACAAGAAAAAUACGAAAGAACAAAAGAAGUUGUUUGCAAUUUGAUAAAAUUUCAAGAAUUUUAUCCUCAAAAAAGAAUUUACUUGCGGAACGUCACAAACAGAAAUCCAGAUUUGGUAUUGUUUGAGAAUGUGGUCUUCUACGAGGAAGCAAUUGAAGCUGCUGUAAUUGCUUUAAAGCAACAAGGAGCUCCACUGGCCACAAUUCAGAAAGUCGAGAGCGUUUUGGAACGGAAUCGAGUGGAUAAAGAAGACACCAAAAAUGUUAGAACCAUUAGCAUAGACAAAUUGGACAGAAUUUUCAGAGAUUACGGUGUUGAUCGAUCUUUAAUUACGAUUGUUCCUGAUCCUUCCUCGUUCGCAUUGUCGAGAAGUUGUCAUCAAGACGGAGGUGUAAUCAGGACCGUGUCGCCCAACUUGAAUGUGGUGUUGGACUUGAGCAACACGCUCUUUUUCAUAUUCACUUGCGGCGUGCAGGGUUCCGAUGUUUCCCCAGUUUCCAAAUACAAUAAGGACAGCGGAGAGAAAAAGAUGAAUAGAUGCAAAAACCUUCUUCAGCGAUAUUAUAAAGAGCUGAAGUGGAAAAAAAAAUUAUUUCAAAUUUUACAUUUUCAGCAAAACUACGUGCUCGCGAGCAAAGUUCAAAAGCAGAUUGAAAAAAUCUUGCUUGAUUACACUCCAUUUCCUGGACAAUGCCACGACUUUGAAACGAGAUUUUUGGACCAAACAGCAUGGACAAAAAUCUCUUUCAAAGAGUUCAACAUGAUUGCCAAAGCUCUUGGUAUUAAUAGAUAUGAAGUCCUGUCGGAGUUCGAGAAUGCCUAUCCAAUCUGGGUGGCAAGAAUGCUGUUUUCAAUUGCCCAUCUCCAACAAGCAUAUAAAGAACCGACGGCGAUGGUCAGAUGUCUUAUCAGACAAUUUUCAUAUCGCACACCAUCAGAAAGUAUGGAUUCUUCCCGCGAGCACCUACAAAUGCGGCAAGUGGAUGUGCCGGAACAUCUACCUGCGAAUCAAUUCGUUCCACGACCCGCAAGACCUCCACAAGUUAAUCUUCGGGACAACCAUCCGGAUCUCUUCCGCCGUAUAGACGAACUUCGAAGACUCGAGCAACCUGUGGACAAUGUUGUUCUAAACAUGAAUGACAUGAAUGUUAUGCCACUCGGGACGGAAUUCGUAAACUGGAAUCAAGGACUAGCCCAAAUCCAAAAUGUACAACCAAACGCUAAUUUAUUCGCUCCGCUAUUAGCAGCGCCUCCGCAACCAGUUCAUUGGGACGAUGACCAAGAUAUGGAUUGGGAGGAUGACGCGGAAAGACUCGUCCUCCCACCAGUCAACAACUUCAACAACUUCAACGCUAUCGAUAUGCAUCCGAUGGGUCAAUUUGGACAGUGGGGAUUCGGACAAAAUGAUAUUCAAAGAGUUCAACCAUUGGUUGAUCAUAUGGCUCCGGUUCUGGCGGCACCUGCUCCCCAAAUUGCUCCACAAGUUGCUCCCCAAGCUGAUCCUCGGGAUCGUCAACUACGAUUCAUGGAUUGGAUUGUUCAAGCCCAAGAAUUUAUGCAACAAAUCAAUAUGAAUCUAAUGGCACAAUGGCAACGGGAUCAGGAAGAAAUCGCGAGACAAGCCUGGGAGCAUCAAGAACUACAAAAUCAACUGCAGAAUCAGUUUGGCGGAUUCGAUUAUUCCGUCAAUCACGUCAGUGUCUAA